CAGAGGAGGCUCUGCUGAGGCUGCUGCCAGUGGUCAAAGCCUCCAACAAAGCUCUACUGAAUGGCUGUAACCUCUCAAAUACAAGCUGUGAAGCCCUGUCUUCAGUUCUCAGUAACCAGUCCUCGAGUCUGAUUGAGCUGGACCUGAGUAACAACAACCUGCAGGAUUAGGGGUGGAAGCUCUGUCUGUUGGACUAGGAAGUCCACACUGUAAACUGGAAACUCUAAGACUGAGUGUCUGUAACCUCUCAGACCAAAGCUGUGAAGCUCUUUCGCCGGUUCUCUGCUCCCAGUCCUCCAGUCUGAAAGAGCUGGACCUGAGUAACAACGACCUGAAGGAUUCAGGAGUGAAGGCACUGUCCACUGGACUGGAAAGUCAACACUGCAAACUGGAAACGCUCAGACUGCGUGUCUGUAACCUCUCAGACCAAAGCUGUGAAGCUCUUUCCCCGGUUCUCUGCUCCCAGUCCUCCAGUCUGAAAGAGCUGGACCUGAGUAACAACGACCUGAAGGAUUCAGGAGUGAAGGCACUGUGCUCUGGACUGGAAAGUCAACACUGCAAACUGGAAAUGCUCAGGCUGUCAGGCUGCUUGAUCACAGAGGAAGGCUGUGCUUCUCUGGCCUCGGCUCUGAGCUCCAACCCCUCUCAUCUGAGAGAGCUGGACUUGAGUUACAAUCAUCCAGGGGGUUUAGCAGUGGACCUGUUGGCCAGAGUAAAGGACCAGCACUGGAAACUGGACACCCUAAGGGUGGAGCCUGCAGGAGUCCGGUGGCUGAAACCAGGUUUGAGGAAGUAUUUCUGUGAAGUCGCAGUCGAUAUAAACACAGUAAACAAAAACCUCAGACUGUCUGCCAACAACAGGAAGGUGACACAUGUGAGAAACGAGCUCAUUUAUCCCCCUCACGAUGACAGAUUUCUUGACUGGUGUCAGCUCCUGUGUAAAGAUGGUUUACACGGGCGCUGUUACUGGGAGGUGGAGUGGACGGGAGAGGUUGAUGUGUCAGUGAGUUGCAGAGGAAUAGGAAGGAAAGGAGAACGGAAAAACUGCAGAUUUGGAGAGAAUCUUCAGUCCUGGAGUCUGGACUGCUCAAAUGCCCGUGGUUACUCUGUCUAUCACAAUCAAAGAACAUCACCCAUCCACUCCUUCCCCUUGUCCCCUGUCUGUGGUUCGAAGCGAGCAGCAGUGUAUGUGGACUGUCCUGCUGGCACAAUCUCCUUCUAUGGGGUCUCCAGUGACACUCUGAUCCACCUCCACACCUUCAGCACCACCUUCACUGAACCUCUUUAUCCUGGAUUUGGAGUCUGGCACCAUUCCUGUGGUUCCUCAGUGCGUCUGUGCUCUCUGCAGGUGGAAGGGUCUCCUCCGGUUAGAGAGGCUGUUGCUGAGCAGAUUGUUCCUGUCACCACCACAGCUGGCUUACUUAAGCCAGAGGAAGGAUAACAAACCAGUGCUUAUUCUUUUUAACCUCAAAUGAAAAAACUCUUCAGUGAGCUUGACUGUUGCAGUCAUUCCUAAUAUGUCACUUCUCAGUGUCUUUUUUUUUUUUUUUUUUUAAAAACAACUUUAUUUUUAAAGGUUUUUGCCAUUUUGAAAUGUACAGAGAGUGAACAAUUAGACCCCUGCUAACAAAGAUCGAGAGCAUCCAGUAAAACAAAGGCAAAUAAAAUGAACAUUCAAAUAAAAGAGAGGUAAUUAUAAUGAUCAUACAGUUGGUGCCAAGCGCAGGUAGGUGUUCCAUUUCCUCCAGUAUUAUAUUUAUCAGCAGCAAGUCUCAAUGAAAAAGUCAGUCUCUCCGUUGCAUGGAUUUCCUUGAUUAUUUCCUUCCAGUCCAGAGGUGAUGGUGGCUCCACAUCUAGCCACUUGCGAGUUAUGGCUUUCUUUGCCCCUGCUAAUAAUAUUAAUAGAAGAUAUCUAUCUGAUUUCCUCAGUCCUUGGAGUAGAGUACAUAGAUAAACUUAACCAGUGAUUUCACUGUGAUCUAAGUCCAUCAUAGUAUUGAUAUCCUUUAUCACCUCUGACCAGUAGGGUGCGAUCUUAAUACAGUCCCAAAAGAUAUGGAAAUAUGCUGCUGACACAUUCCCACAGUUCCUCCAACACUUGCAUUAUUUACUGUUGAUGUUAAUAAAAAGUGCACCAAGUUUUUUCCAAGAAAAUUCCCUCCACAGGCCUGAACCUGAUGUGUGAAUCACAGCGUUGCAUAUAUUAAACCAAUCUUCAUCAGUUAUUAUUAUUUGGGCUUCUUUUUCCCAUUUAACUUUAAUGAAUGUUGCGUUAAAUUUCCUCCCCGAUUGUAGACAUGAAUAUAGUCUGGAUAUCAGUUUCUUAGGUAGUCUUCCAGUCUAGAAGGAUUGUAACUAGACCUGUCUCCUCCUCCUCUGAAAACUUUAGAUUUUCAUUAUAAUGGUGCCUUAGCUGGAGGUAUCUGAAAAAGUCCCAUUUUUCCAAAUCAUAGUUUUCUUGAAGUUGUUGAAAAUGUUUUAAUUCAAAGGAAUACACUGGGAUAAGAAGAGGACAUACAGAUCACAAAGUUUCCCUGUAUGCUGACGAUCUUUUACUGUACAUAGCAAAUCCUACAAAAACCAUUCCAGUAAUAAUGGAAAUCCUAGAGGAAUUUGGGAGGAUUUCGGGAUACAAAUUAAAUCUAUCAAAGAGUACGUUAUUCCCUAUCAAUUCUAAAGCUUGGACAAAUAUUAAUGCAUUUAAGAUUUUCCCUUUUUCAAUCUCAACUCAAUUUAAAUAUCUUGGGAUAAAUAUUACUCAAGAAUAUAAUGGCCUCUUUAAACACAAUUUCUUAAAACUAUACCAUAAAACAAAGCAGGAUAUAGAUACCUGGAUAAAUCUGCCAAUUUCAUUAGCAGGCCGAAUAAAUAUUAUUAGAAUGAAAUUUCUGUUCUUAUUCCAGUGCAUUCCAAUUUGGAUACCUAAGGCCUUUUUUAAUAAAAUAGAUUCUCUUAUAACAUAUUUUAUUUGGAAUAGAAAAACUCCAAGAAUCAAGAAAAUAUUCUUGCAAAGGUCAUCUGAUCAGGGUGGAAUGGGUUUGCCCUGUUUUCGACGCUACUAUUGGUCAUCUAAUAUUUGCUCAAUGCUGUUCUGGUUAUCCACUCAGGGACCCGAUUGGUGUAGGAUGGAAAAUGAAAGCUGUUAUCCUUCCUCUUUAAAAGCAUUAUUAUACUCUGCUGUCCCCAUUACAAAUCAAAAGAUUUUGAAUCCAGUAGUCUCUCAUUCAGUUAAGAUCUGGUCUCAAAUAAUUAAGUAUUAUAGGUGGACAGAUAUGUCACUUCUUAGCAGGGUUAUAAUAGUUUUGGAUUUGACAUUAUAGUUUAGUUUUAGUUCGUUUUUACUUUUUUUUCUCUAAUUCAGUUAGUUUUAAUUAGUUUU